AUGGACACCCGCGAGUUUGCCACGAGAGACGAAUUGUGGCGCAUUCAAGAGACGCUAAACGAUCUCUCUGCAACGCAGGCUCUUCACUCAGAUCGCAUUAUGCGGUUAGAACAGAAGACUCCUGAUGGCGGUAGACCUAGAAGUCUGUGGGGUGCAAGCUCUCCCUUCCCCUUGGGCUCUUCGCAUCAUGAUUCGUCGCUCAACCCGGCUGCUGAAGCAUUCCGCAAUUUUGAUGCAGAUCCAAUGAUCAGUUCCUUAACCUUGGAUCCAACCGACGACCCACGGAGAGCCGCUGCGUCAAGAGCCAACUCGGUCCGGUUCGACGAGAGUGCCAACAAUCACUAUGGCUCCUCAAGACAGUCAAUGGAACUCCCUACACGUACAGGUAGUGGGCUUGGUGGCCAUGCGCUCUCCGAAAGAUCUCUUUCGCACCGAUCUGACGGGAGGCCCGCGCCUACUGGAUUUGGUCGGACAAACAGCUUCGGUCUUGAGCAGAGUCGCCUGCUCGGUUCGAUUCACAACUCGCCUCGAGUUUCGGGCAAUCCUCCGCCAGGCUUUUUCAUCUUAGGACCAUGCCCGGCCAUCAUCCGUUGCUGGUUAACUCAGUCCUUCUCUAACAGCUCACUGCUGUACGCUGCCAUGUGCACUGGUUCAACGGUUUCAUCUGUCAGCUAUCCACUCUUGUGCAAACUUGACCUGACAGAGUCCAUAUUUGGGGAUGGGGAUAAUCGCGCUAUUCGGCUGCCCGUGUAUCUGACUGAAGCCAAGAUCCACAGUCCUGCCGCUGUGAGAUCAGCUAGUCCAGUCCCACCAAUUCCUACUUUGAUGGUCAAGUUUGUAAUCGACGAACUGACGGUGACGGAUUCGUCGAUUCAAAUCAUCCUGGGCAGCGAUGUUCUGAGAUCACACAAUGCCGACAUCUUGUUCUCACAGGACAAGGUCAUGAUCUUUGACGAGGAACGAAAUCAGGUCUCGAUUCCCUUAUGCAGACCCGAAGAUGAUGCCUCUUUCAAGGAUCUGUGCACGGUUUCUCGCCAUCGAUCAUCCUCAAUAGGAGAAGCUCUGCCACCUCCAGCUUCCCCAGUGGGGGUCAUUGGCCAACAGGAAAGGCUCAACACGACCCAAAACAUUGUAUCACCUGGGGCAGCUCCAUCCAGUAGUUUGCCUUCUGCUACGCCAUCCGAGCCGGGAGAUGUACACAGAAUGGAUCAGCCCGUGGAGCCCUCAACGCGAUUCAGUCUAGAUUCAAGUCAGCCGAGACUUGCCGACGACUCCAAGUCCACGACAGGGAGCGAGAAGUCGUUCACCAUGCCCAUGUCGAAAUCUGGGUCAGGCGUUUGGUCCAGCUCGUGGCGUUCAGCGUCCUCUAGCAAUCCUAACGAUGCAAGCUCCAAGACUUCGUCUAGCUACGCACGACCUCACACCCAGAGAGCCAUGAAAAUCUUGCGCCCAGCGAAGACAAUGGCCAAUGCGUCCAGAACCCCCUCUGCGUCGGCCACAAGCCCCAAUGGCACAGAAGCCACACAGGCAAAGCCGAACGAAAGUGGAAAGGUUGCAGCUCCAUCAGAUUCGAGCGGAGAGCUGAAAUCUUUGCAAGCGACGCCGACAGCAAGGACUAAUCCAAUCGGCUCUGGUACUGCAUUUGGUUGGUUGAACACAGGACCGCAGCGGAAAACAACGGCAAACGGUUGA